CUUUUUCUUUACAGUCUUCAUGAUCUACCAUUCUGCUGGGAUUAACUGAAAAACAAAAACUGAGUGCAAAACAAGAAAAACAACGAAAAAAUGAUUCUGAAAAUGAUCCAGAGUGUUCUUUGUGUCUUUUUAUUUGUAUCACAUGGUGUUGAAGGUAAAGUCGUUGAAAAGGUGAUUAAAGAAAGCGAGUCUGUGAAGAUCGUAUGUGAAAAGGAUCAUUCUGGGACACUCUUUUGGCUUCGGCAGAAUGGAAACGGAGAUGGGUUUGAGUACGUUGGAACAUACAGCAAGACUAAAAAAUUAGGCAAAGUAGUUGAUGAACAUAAAUUUGAAGUGACUGAAAAAUAUUUCAAUGUAAAAAAUUUUGAGCGGCAGAAAGACAGCGGCAUUUACAGCUGCGUUUUCAUCAACAACAAUGAACUGCAAUUCUGCGGCAUCACCGAACUGCGUGGAGAGACAGUCCCAACAACAGUCAAACCAAAGGUACAAACGGUCCCUGUCCAGACAGUGGCUGUCACGACCAAUCCUGGGCCGACAUGUGGACAAAAUGGUGCGCCAGCAGGGACAAGGUCUAAAAACCUAGAUGUGCUUUUGGGUUGUGAGCUGCGCAUCUUUAUUUCUUUGGUUGCUGGAUGUGGAAUUCUACUCCUGCUUCUUCUCCUCACUAUUCUUUACUGCAAUCAUAUAAGAACACGACGAUGCCCUCAUCAUUACAAAAAACAACCCCGGAGCAGACCAGCGGGCCACAAAACUCUACCCAAUCCUCCAGACUAUUAGACACAGUGACCAGGAAAAAUCAUGUUUUAAACUAAUUCAUCAAAUACUCAUCAAAAAUCAUACUUUUAAAAUCAUGCUCAUUUUGUCAGAUCCUAUUCUGAGAUGUAAAAUGAUUUGUGCAAGUAAUGUUCCUUACAAUCCUUAACGCAAAGACUAAUGUAGAUAAUUUCAAUAGACUUUCUUUGUAGUUGUUCAGAUAGUUGAUUAGGGUUCUUUUUUUGGUUGUUGAGCUUAUCUUGAUGAUGAUAAUGAUGAUGAUGAUGAUGAUGAUCUAUGUCGUAGUUUUUAAUGUUCCUAAUUCUGUUGUUCUUGCACAAAAUUUCUAAAUGUGUCUAAUUCCCUAAAAAUAUAGAUGUAUAUAGAUUAUAUUAAAUAUUAUGUGUAGGAAUGUGUAUUUAGACAAAUACCCAAUGAUUUCGAUAAACAGCUUAUAUUUCGUUAAGGUUUUUUUUUUUUUGAGAUGAUGAUUAGGUUUACAUAUGUUUUAGGUUUGUUACACCAGUGAAAACUAAAGAAGCAAAUAUAAGACACAAAAUAUAUGUAUAUAUUUUUUUGCCACAGCUGAGAUUAAUGGCAGAUAUUCUGUAGUAAUCUUAUUCCUGUGUGAUUCUUUUGCACCAGCAUAUUGCUUUAAACCCUAAACUUAAACUUCACACGCAUCAGCAAAGGUUUUGUUCAUUUUUUUAUUUUUAUUUGACAACUUUUGUUUUUCUUUCUCUUGUUUUCUUUCCUUCGUGACUCUAUCACAUACACAAAUGUUUAUUCUUCUCACUGAUGCAUUGUAAAGCCUUCUUUUCAAUAAUUGUAAUAAAUACAGUCCCUUUAAUGUAUACAUUUUAUUUAAUUCCAAAUGAUCUCCUAUAACUAUAAAAAUGUUUCAUCAGAUUAGAAUACAUGUCUAAAGGCAUUUCCUUUGUUUUAGUUUUAUAUCAUUACUUCAGGUGCCAUCUGCUGGCGAAACAAAGUAUUACACACCAAUAAGAACACCUGUUACUGAGAUGUAUGUGUACUGUACUGUACUGGGUUAUAUGGAGUUAGUUACUGUAUGUACAGUGUAAGAUUUAAUCUGCUGUAAGAAAAUAUCUUUAAAAAAUCUAAAUAAUUAA